ACGAACCUUUUUAACGUUACUUAGAAUUGAAUUUUAAUAGUGAUAUCACAUUCAGGCAAAAGCAAAUUUAAAAAUCAAAUAAAACCAGAAGCAAAAGCUUAUAUAGGAAUCGUAUAAAGAAAUUCGUGAAUAUGUCGGUGGUAGAGCUGAAUGUAAACAGUACCCUGAUAGACACCAAUUUCGACGGCUAUAAGCUCUCGUUCGAGCCGGUACCAGUGCUGCGACAGAAUCUUGAGUUCAGCCCUAUGCGCCAGGAGCUAAUCACUGAUGACUUCUCGCUUCUACAUGCUCAAUUGUUCGACUAUCAAAACCAUCUCUUUGCUGAUCCUUGGUUAAGCUAUGACAGCUAUUUUAUUGAUGUGCGCCAUCAACUGAUCCAGUGUAAGUAUAAUCCAUUGACUAGACUUGCCGAUGGUCAGCGGGUUGUAUACGCCAUGAAAUAUGGCGACCAGGGAGAUGGCGACAAAAAUGACUUGAUGCAUUACAAUUACACAUUAAAAUUCGUAUCAGAACGCUUAUGUGUGAUUUGCGACGGGUUGACCUCGUAUCAUCUGAUUGACACAGGCGAUCGAUCUCGAUCUGGUCCGCAAGAUUGGCAGCUGAUCACUCGCACGCCGGUAAAUAGUGCCGGUGAGUAUCACGGCUACGUACUCUACGAUGCCAGAAUGGAUUGGAAAACAGAUACGGAAUGCAAGCAAAUAUCUUUGGUUGCCGGACAUGUGGCGCACCGAUAUGUCGUACGCAAAAGACAUCAAAUACAAGUCCAUUUCAUAGAUCUCACUUUGGGUCGUUGGACCAAGACAAUGGAAAGUAACGAAUGGUUCUACCGUGUUUUCCAACGAUUGGAGACCACUGGCUCCAUUCAGUACUGUACCUUUGAACUGGGUGCCGAGUCUCUAAUCGUUGCCAGCAAGCGUGAAGUACAGACACCAGAGCAAAGAAAGGCAUCCGAUGACGAUAUAGCCGAGGCUGCAGCUAAUGCUUCACCAGAUAUUUUAGAUUGCCUGCUGGAAAACGGUAGUGAAGCAAACUAUACUUGGUCUCAGACUAUUGAAAAAGUGUUCAUCAAAUUAGAACUGCCACCAUAUGUUCCUCAAAGCUCCUUCGAAGUACGCUGUACAACUUGCUCUGUGGUUGUGGAAUAUAUGACCCACGUGAUCUUCACCGCAUGUUUAUACGGCGAUCUGGACCCGGAUUUUCCAGAGUGGAAAAUGAAGUCGAAUGGCCUGGAAGUAGAACUGACCAAAGAGGAGCAUGAAUACUGGCCACAAUUGCUUGCCGAGUUGAAAGAUGGAGUGGAAGAGGAAAUAAAACUCAUCAAAAAGGGGGAACUGCCUUUUCCGAAUCUUCUGGAACCCUCUGAGGAAGAUGACAUGAAUUACGAUGACACAAGAAUGGUGCGCUUUAAUUUUAUCAGCGGCUGCAUUACUCACACCAUUUUCCUGGAUAUCUCGCCACUGCAGUUUUCCAAGACAUUGCUGCCUGGAUUCCCGGCAGCAUUUGCGACGCGUGAGGGCGUAGAUACUUCAAUAUGGAUGCAGAAUCUCCAACCAACUCCAACCAACGAAUGGAGCGUUAGCCAUGAGGGGCAGCUGCAUGCAUUUGGCAUCAUGUACGCUUCUAAAAACAACCGCAAGUUCGCCAGUUGCUGUCCGGAUCUGGAGUAUGCAGUCAUCUGUGAAAGAUCUCGCCAUGUAACAAUCUAUCAGCCGCUUCACGAUGCCGACAAUGGUUUGCGCAAUCGCGACGGUUCACCAGUCUCUAAAGGCAAACAGAGUAUCGUCACCCUUCCCGCUCGCACCGGCGAGAUUCUGGGCAUGAACACAUCUAAAAAUUUAAUUACAAUUUUAUCCAAGAACGCCCUGCUACACCUGCAGAUAUUUUAGGAGUUCUUUCCUAUUGGCACUCAACCCUUUCGGAAUAAUAUAUUUGUUGUUUUUAUGUAAAUGGUUUUCGUUAAGUGGACAAUUCAUUUCCAUUCAAGUUAAAUUCCAUUUCCGUUCCAGUUAAAUGUUUAAAAAUUCAACAAUGUUUUAUAAGAAUUUUGGUUGAACAAAUUUUUUUCAUUGUUUCAUAAUUCCAUAUAUGUACAUACAUAUGUAUGUAGUUAGUACCAUUUAAAACAAUUUGAUGAAUUGUUUCAAAUAUUUUGGUUGGCAGAAGCCAUAAAUAAAAAGUUUUUAUUUUAUGAAAAACUUGGCAACGCUGCUUUUAACUGCCAGUUGUCGA